CAGCGGCUGGUCGGCGGCAGCUCUGCUGGUGCGGGGGCGGCAAGCAAGACCGAGCGACCGCGACCGGAGCUCGCCGGCCACCGCCCGCAUCGCCCUCCCGCCCGCCCUCCGGACGGCCGCAGCCCUGCGGGUCUCGGCUCGGGACCCACCCCCGCCCCACCCCGCGCGCCUCUGCCGCCUCUUGCAGCUCGCCGAGCGGCCGUCGCUGCCGCUGCCGCCGCCGCCACCGCGCCAAGUUCCGGCCGCGGCCACCCUCCGCCGUCCAGGGCCCCUCCGCCUCGGCCCCGGGACCCCGGCUCCCCGCCAGCCCCGGCCCCGGCACCAUGUCGGAGAAGAGCGUGGAGGCAGCGGCCGAGCUGAGCGCCAAGGACCUGAAGGAAAAGAAGGAGAAAGUGGAGGAGAAGGCCGGCCGGAAAGAACGAAAGAAAGAAGUAGUGGAGGAGGAGGAGAAUGGAGCUGAGGAGGAGGAAGAAGAAACUGCUGAGGACGGAGAGGACGAUGAUGAAGGGGAUGAAGAAGAUGAGGAAGAAGAGGAGGAGGAGGAUGAAGGCCCCGUGCGGAAGAGAACUGCUGAAGAGGAGGAUGAAGCUGAUCCCAAGAGGCAGAAGACAGAAAAUGGGGCUUCGGCAUGAGCCCCUGUCAGUGGGCUUGGGGAUGGGAGGCCCCUCAGGUCCUGGAGGCGGGGCAGGAACACACAAGUCCAGCCCGCCUUCUCCUGGCUCCCUGCUCUGGCCCUGCCCCAGAGCUGUGACCCUUGUCCUUCCACCCAGCCUCUCUUUUCCAUCUCUCCAGACACUGCUCCUCCACCCUCACUGCUGUCGGUCCAGCUCCUGACCCGCCUCAUCUGAGCUCCCCAGCCGGCCCUCACUUGCCCCUUGCAUUCCUUGUUUUCCCUUGCCUUCCCACACCAUCCCAUCUGUUCCAGUCCUUGCAAAGCCUCUCCUCACUCUCUGCGCCCCCAGUCUCUCAGCCUGCCCUUCUCUCUCCUGCCUGACCCCUGGGUCUCCCUCAGAUUCCUUCCUCUCAGACAGCGCCAGGCCGGGGUGGGGCCGGGGUUGGGGCCAAGCCCCGAAGCUGCCCCCUCCCCUUUUUGUAUAAUUUAAUAAAGAAAUGGUCGCGCUUCUGUUUUUAA